AUGCCCUCGAUUGUCGACCGUCGCAACCCUUUGGCUGCCAAUGACGGCAUCGACGCACCGAUGGUCUUCGAUGUCGACGCACGUCGCAAACGUCGCGUUCAGAGCUCGUCGUCGUCUCCCGGACGUCGUCACUUUCGCUCUCCCGGGAUGCCGCAACUAACGGAGACUCAACUGCAGCCAUCCUCCGGUUCACCUGCUUCAAUGGCUCUGGUGGUGAAACCCGACGAGCACCUGCCACUGCCUUUGGGUCAGUCCGACCUGGAACUGCAUUUGCUGCAGACCUUUGGAGCUUAUGCCGGUCACCGGCUCACCCAGUCGUAUCUUCGGAUCAAACACUUGUCUCGAGUGACACAGUACGUGGCCGACGUGACGGAACGAGUGGCGCUGCGGUCCGGACUCGUGACGCUCGGUCAGCUGCUCUUCCGACAGUAUAAGCGACUCGGGCAUCCGCUCGUUCAGCACGUGGACGACGCCAUGGGCAAGCGCGUGAUUCACGCUCUGGUCAGGAUCUUGAUGCUAUCCGAGCAGCACCCACGUCCUGUCCGGGCUUUGGAAGCUGCUGACUCUGGUAGCUGGAAGGACCAUGAGGAGGGGGUCCAGGAGGACGAUGCCAAGGGACUUGAAGAGCUCGUGGAUAGCGUCAAGUUGACGUACCCGGAACGGUUUCAAGCUCUGCUGCUGGGGGAGGUGCCACGGGUCGAGCACGAGCUCGUGCAAGCUCGUCGUCGAGCUCAAGUUCUUGCACUGGAAAGGGAAGAGGAAGAGCUAGAAGCGUGUGUGCAAGCUGAGAAAGAUGCAGCAGCAGCAGCUCAAGAAACAGAGCCGCCUGUGGUCAUGGACCUCAAGGACUUUGUGCCGCUGGACGAGGUGGUCCGUCUCAAGGACGAGAGCAAGGAACAGCUGCAAGAAGCAGCGCUCGAGAUGGCGCAAUUGCGUGCGCAGAUGACGGAACUCACGCGUGAGAAACAGCGACUCGAACAGCGCUUGACUGACGUGCACAAUUACCGGGAGAGCGAACGCGGUCGCCGCUUCCAGGACAUGGAGGAAGACCUCGCCCGCACGAAACUCGAAGCGAGCCAGAAGGCCCACGAGCUCCGCGCGCUCGAACUCGCUUUCAACGAACUGCAGCAACGCAAACACAAGAAGAAGAAGCGGAGCCGAAGCCGCAAGACGACCACCAGCCAGUCGAAUGCAUCCGAGGCUACGCUCCCGUCGCCCCAAUCCGAGAAGAAAGCUGCAACCCACGCGUAA